AUGAAGUUUGGCGAGCAGCUCCGCUCGAGCGUUAUCCGCGAAUAUCAAUGGUAUUACAUCGACUACGAUGGCCUCAAGGCCGACCUCAAGCAGCCUAGCGGGCCCAUCCAGCCCGUUGCCGACGACGGCGCGAAAUCUGGGAAGUCGCAGCGGCGCGAGUGGACCGAGGAGGAUGAGAGCCGCUUCGUGAGCAAGCUUGAGUCCGAACUCGACAAGGUCCAUUCCAAGCAGCAGGUCAAGGCCAUGGAAAUCUCGCGCCGCAUCACCGUCAGCGAGCGCGAGGUGCGCGAUGUCGUUAACCGCCUUAACGAGCGCGGCCUCGGCCAGGACGGGCCCAGCGAAGAAGAGUUCAUGCUCCUCGAGGAGGACUUGAGCGAUAUUAUCGCCGACGUCCACGACCUCGCCAAGUUUGUGCAGCUCAAUUACACUGGGUUCUACAAGAUUAUCAAGAAACACGAUAAAAUGACCGGAUGGCAUCUAAGACCCGUCUUCGACACCCGACUCAAGGCGAAACCAUUUUACAAGGAGAACUACGACGCGUCGGUGGUAAAGCUCUCGAAGCUCUACGAUCUGGUGCGGACGAGAGGAAACCCUGUCAAGGGCGACAGCGCUGCCGGCGGAAGCCAGGCCAGCUUUGUCCGGCACACGACGAAAUACUGGGUGCAUCCCGACAACGUGACGGAGCUCAAGCUCAUUAUCCUUAAGCAUCUGCCGGUCCUCGUUUUCAAUGCGAGCAAGGAGUUCGAGGCACAGGACUCGGCUAUUACAUCCAUUUACUACGACAACCCGGACACUUGGGAGCUCUACGAAGGGCGGCUUAAAAAGACAGAAGGCGCCGAGGCUAUCCGGCUACGCUGGUACGGCGGUAUGCAGAACGAAACCAUUUUCGUCGAGCGCAAGACACACCGAGAAGAUUGGACGGGCGAGAAGUCUGUGAAAGCCCGCUUCUCGGUCAAGGAGAAGAAUGUGAACGCCUACCUGCGAGGCGAGCUCCUCCCGGCGGCCAUCUUUGAGAAGGCGCGGAAGGAGGGCAAGAAGUCUGAGAAGGCUAUUGCCGAGGAUGAGAGGCUGGCCCGUGAGAUCCAGUGGUCUGUCCUCAAGAAGGGUUACAAGCCGGUGUGCCGGUCCUUCUAUCACCGCACGGCGUUCCAGCUUCCCGCCGACGCGCGCGUCCGCAUCUCGCUCGAUACCGAACUCACGAUGGUCCGCGAGGACAAUCUCGACGGGGUGACAAGAUCAGGAAACAACUGGCGGCGCACAGACAUUGGCAUCGACUACCCAUUCUCCCAGCUCCCGCCCGGAGACGUCGUCCGGUUCCCUUACGCCAUUCUCGAAGUCAAGCUGCAGACACAGCUCGGACAGGAACCGCCGGAGUGGGUCCGGCAGCUGAUCUCCAGCCACCUUGUUGAGGCGGUCCCCAAGUUUUCCAAGUUCAUUCACGGCGUAGCCUGUCUCUUCCCUGAGAGGAUAGACCUACUACCGUUCUGGAUGCCGCAGAUGGACGUCGACAUCCGCAAGCCGGUGACGCACGACUUCGGCAUCAAAAGACUCGAGCACUCGGCCACGACGUCGAUAUCGGAUGAUGAAGAGGAGGAAGAUGACGACUACGACUCGGACGACGAGCAGCGGCCUGUAACUUCGGGCGCCCAAGCUGGCGAAUCCAGCGCCGCAGCCGCGAGGAACGGCCGGGCGCCGGUUCUGUCCGCCGAUGUCGAAGACCAGACGGUCGACCGGCCGACGGGCGAGGAUACCUACCUCUACGACUCGGACGACGAGGAUGACGAGGACAGACUCGAGGAGGCGCGCAGGGUGGGUGGCUGGACGUACGUCCAGACGCGCAUCUCGACGUCGGCCAACGCUGCGGCGCGCGGCACGUGGUGGCUGCUCAAAUCGCUGGUGCCGCGGCCGCGGGCGACUGAGGUCCCCCGCAACGCACGGCUCGAGUCGCUUCUUGGGACGGGCGAGAUCCAGCAGAGGAGGUUCAAGGCGCCCAAGGGCAAGAAGAUAUACGUCCCCGUGCGCGUCGAACCCAAGGUCUACUUCGCGGCCGAGAGGACCUUUCUAGGAUGGCUCGAAUACUCCAUCUACAUCGGCACCAUCGCCGUGACGUUGCUCAAUUUCAGCACCGAGCACGGCAACAGAGCGUCCUUCGUCGCCGCCAGCGCGUUCACGCUGCUCGCCCUCCUCUCGCUGUGCUAUUCGGUCGUCAUCUACCUGUACCGCAGCAGCGCCAUCCGCACGCGCAGGGUGGCUCAGUAUUACGACAAGGUCGGCCCGAGUAUUUUGUGCGCUGCCCUGUUUGCAGCGGUUGCGCUGAACUUUGCGUUUGAGGGGAAGAGUCGGGAGUUCUGGUAG